UGACCGGAAGUCGGUCUGGUUAGCGCUGGUUCACGUUACUUGGAAGAACACUAAAGAAAAAGAGGAAAAGCAGCUGCUACCUAGGAGGACACGGGUUGUUGUUUGUUUUUGUUUUUUUUUUUAAUUACGGAUAUUCCACGUCAAUAAAACGCCGAAACCCAAGAAGGCAGUUAAAACAGCAAGUUUAUCCGUCCGACAUCAACAGCUCUAAUACAGCGGCCGUGGAAUGUGGUUGUCUACAGGUGCCUUCUUUUCAGCCUGGUAGUAGUGACGGGCACGGGGGCAGUCGUCCCAUGAGCUUUGUGUCAGCCUGACGUGAGCGCUGUGGGCCCAGGCCUGUUUUUCUCUGGAUCAGUGUGUGUUCAGCACUGCAGUGAUGGAUCACCCCAGAGAUAAAGAAGGCGAGAGGCCGGCGAGGAGCAGCAAAGUGGCCCAGGGACGCAGCGGACACUCGCGGCCUUCCAGCUCCUCAGCGUCCUCCGGUGUCCUCAUGGUGGGGCCGAACUUCCGCGUGGGCAAGAAGAUCGGCUGUGGAAAUUUCGGGGAGCUAAAACUCGGAAAGAACCUCUACACAAACGAGUAUGUUGCUAUCAAAUUGGAACCUGUGAAAUCCAGAGCCCCACAGCUCCAUUUGGAAUACCGGUUUUACAAAACAUUAGGGAGCACAGCGGAAGGCCUGCCCCAGGUGUACUAUUUUGGGCCAUGCGGGAAAUACAAUGCCAUGGUGCUGGAGCUGCUCGGCCCCAGUCUGGAGGACCUCUUUGACCUCUGUGACCGCACCUUCUCCCUCAAGACAGUCUUAAUGAUUGCCAUUCAGCUGAUCUCCCGCAUGGAGUACGUGCACUCCAAGAACCUCAUCUACAGGGAUGUGAAGCCAGAGAACUUUCUCAUCGGACGGCAAGGGAACAAAAAGGAACACAUCAUUCACAUCAUAGACUUUGGCUUAGCCAAAGAAUACAUCGAUCCUGAAACCAAAAAACACAUUCCUUACCGGGAGCACAAGAGCCUCACUGGCACAGCACGAUACAUGUCCAUAAAUACGCACUUGGGGAAGGAGCAAAGUCGACGAGAUGACCUCGAAGCCUUAGGUCACAUGUUCAUGUACUUCCUCCGAGGCAGCCUUCCAUGGCAGGGACUAAAGGCUGACACAUUAAAAGAGAGAUAUCAAAAAAUCGGAGACACAAAACGGAACACUCCUAUUGAAGUUCUCUGUGAGAACUUUCCAGAGGAGAUGGCUACGUAUCUGCGCUACGUUCGGCGGUUGGAUUUCUUCGAAAAGCCUGACUAUGAGUACUUGAGGACCUUGUUCACUGAGCUCUUUGAACGCAAGGGAUACACGUUUGAUUACACAUACGACUGGGUCGGCAGGCAAAUCCCCACACCGGUCGGGUCCGUGCACGUGGACUCCGGAGCGUCAGCCGUGACACGUGAGAGCCACACACACAGAGACCGACCAUCUCAGCACCAACCUCUAAGGAACCAGACGGCCUCCUCCGACCGCAGAGGAGCAUGGGAGGUGCAGCCCAACCGGCAGGCCAACUCCUACCUGACCUCCCACCUGGCGUCGGACAGGCAUGGAGGCUCAGUGCAGGUGGUCAGCUCAACUAACGGCGAACUGAACACAGACGACCCGCUGGCGGCCCACUCCAACGCUCCAAUCACAGUGCAGGCGGAGGUGGAAGUGGUGGACGAGGCCAACUGCGUGAAAAUGCUCAACUUGUGGUGCUGCUGCUUCUUCAAAAGGAAGAGGAAAAAGAACACCGCUCGGCACAAAUGAUCCGUCACCCGCUCCACCCAGCCCGUUUUAAGAACGUUCAAUAAAGAAAUUUUAUUCAAAAGAAGACAACAAUGCCCUCAAAAUGAAUUGCCUCAAAGGGACCUGCCUGUGAGAGAGAAUGGAGACAUGCACAUAUCGUGCAGCGGGGAUGCAGGGCUCAUGGACGGUUUACUUGUAUCGGAAUAUACACACACACACACUCUCUUACACACACACACACACACACACACACUCAUUUGGAUCUCUAAGCACUGGAACAGCAUUGCACUCCUUCAUGCUUCUUGUUUUUUGUUUUGUUGUUUUGUUUUGUUUUUUCCUCCCUCUCCAUUCGUCUGUGGUGAGAGAGACGGCUCUGUGAGGGAGCCCUCCUGUGUGUUCUGCCUUUGUGACAGACCCAGCAGCUCGAGACGGGGUUUUGGAGGGAGUUUCACUCAAACAGAGGAGCUUCAUCCACACUGGAGUUCAUAUAUUGAUCCUUUGCACCGCCUGCUAGCUUUCUCUUCUGUCCUUUGUGUUUUCUGCUCCUCCUCAGAGCCUUAGAAGUUUCGCUAGCAGAGUUCGUGUAUCUAUUGGACCGAGUCAGCGUAAAAACAAAACACACACACAAAAAAGAACAAAAAAAAAAAAAAAAAACCAAGCUAACUGUCUUAACGUAACGAAGCUAACAGGCUUUUCCUUGUGGACUCUGUAAAUGUGUGAAAUAAGCAGCCAAGUGUAAAGUGACAGCGUUGUAUUCAUGGCCUUCGAUCCUCGUGCUGACGCGAUACGCCGCCCGGCUCUGGAGGGACGAGUAGAGCGUCGAGAUCCGAUGCUCGGUCCACGAUCGAGAGCCUCAGCACAUUCCCCAGUUCUACUGAAUGCUAUUUAAGCUGCUUGUUCUAAAGCACUCCACCCACUCCGACCUGCCAGCCAGCCAUGCUGCUUUCUCCUCUUGUGAUAUAGUAUCGCUUUAACGUGAAACUGACUUUUCUAUUAGUCUGGGAUUCAGAGCUGAACUCGCCAGUAAGACACUCCGUGGUUCUCUUUGUAUCAAACAUUUUCACUGCAUUUCUUUUUUUUUUUUUCUUCCCCGCUCGUAAUCAUCUUAUUUUUCAGAACCCAGUCCCUGGUUUGAAUGUGGCGUUUCUUGUAUGGUUUUUUUUGUUUUUGUUUUUUUUACUAUUAUUAUUAUUAUUAUUAUUAUUAUUAUUAUUAUUAUGCCAUAUAAAUGGAAACACUUGCCGAAGAGAAUGAUUAUUUAAUGUGCCAGGGUGGAAUCCAGUCAGUCUGUGGGUGACUGAACAUUCUUUGACGUCCCUAUAAUAUGUAUUUUCUUCACACCGCGUGUUUUUAUAAGUCUAUAUGAACAGAGCGUCAGAACGGUGUAACGGUUAAUAGGAAAGCUUGCUAACAUUCGUAACGUGUAAUAAUGGCUGUUUAUGAAGUGUUUCCUUGCCUCGUAGCCGUUUCAGUGGGUAUUCGUGAUCAGUGUCCGAUCCGGAUUUUUCUUUUCUUUUUUUUUUAUCCCCCUCUCUCUUCUUCCUUUGAAGGGAACAUGCAAACGGAUGACAGUAACUCAAGUGCUGUUUUAGAGAGACUCUCAAACUGCCACUGCUAAAUAUCUCAUCUUAAUGCCUUAACUAACACUACACAGCAGGACCGUUUCACGUGGUUCUGCGUUACGACACUACAGAAAUGUUUCUCUUGCCUUUUGUUACUGUAGAACUCUGUCUUUUUUCAAUAAUGAUCCCUAAACAGCCAGAUCUGAAUUAAACCGACUCCAAAACAGAACCCGAUCGAUAUUUUAUUUAGAGCCUACUGUAAACUGCUCGGUGUCACGUCUCCUGCGUCUCGUUUGCUCAUGAAGCAGUCCUAAGUGGCUCCGUCACAGGUAGGCCCGUGAUCUCUUGGAUAUAGGAUGAGGCCACCGUUAGAGCCCACGAGGUCCAUCCAUUAAAAAAAAUCAUGAUUUUAGUAUCUAGCUUCAGUUCUGGAGAACUUUAACACACCUGAUUUGAACAAGUGAAAAGUUUGUCGUUUUUUUAAUCCGAAUCAGGCUUGUAAAACAGUGUGGUGCUCCAGAAAUGGAGUUAGACAAUCCUUUCAUUGAUUAAAUGUACCUAUGGUGUGGUUGUUUUUUUUGGGGGGGGGGGGUUCCCCCCAGAAAGUGGCUUUCAAGAAAUUACAGUUCCUUCAUUAUCCCCCCCCCCCCCCCCCCCCAACAGGAUAAUUCCCUGGAUUUGUGAUUUUUAAAUGUAUAGUAAAUGUGAAUUGAAAAGUAUAAGAAAUUAUAUAACGUCUAUAUUUUUUGUUUUUGUUUUUUCACUACCUGGCCAUAUGGAAUUCGGAGAGAGAUGGAGAGAGCAUGGAAAAUUUUGACUGCACUACACCUUCACUACCUUCAGUCGUGUGUCCUCUUCUGUAAAACUGUUGCCGUUUUAAUGUCUUUCUGUUUAGCCAGCAUGAGAAAUUGUGGGGGGGGGGGUGUGAGUUAUGAGCUUCGAUCUGACUACUUAUAUUUCUAGAAAGUUCUGGUCAAGUAGCAGAAUAAUAAUUCACCAGAAAUACAGAGAAGCCUAUAAGUGAACUAUAAGUGAAACUGAACUUGUGUGAAUCUUUCUUUUUUUAUUUUUUAAAAGAGCCAAACGUACAGAUUGGACCAAAAGAACACGGGUGAUCUUGAACUAGAUUGUCCGAUUUGACGUCUCAUGAUUUAUCCAUAUUUCAGAAAUCAUUAAUACAAAAGCAUUCAUUGUCUUCUAGUUUCUUGAAUAACACUUUCUGAGUGAAAUAACUGCUGGACGAAGCCGACGUCCUUGCAGCUGAGAAACGGAUGUCACUCGGUGUUUGUGGGAGCAGAGUAUCAAGGACGGGCGGCUUGCCGGUGAACCAGUGUGUAUGCAACAUGCAUUGUGAGCAAUAUUUCAGAUGCUUUGCUUAUCUAGAGGGUUUUUUUAUUUUUAUUUUUUUUUUUAUUUUUUUUUUUUUAUCUCGCACUCGUCCCUCUCGUCGUAAAUUAUUCUGUGGAAAGUACUUGAAUCCUUCUCACGCUGUUGGAACUCCAGUUGCUGAAUCUCUCCUGUCCCAGUGGUGUCUAAGGAGAGGCUUCUUUCUAGCAUUUUCUUCUUCUUUUUUUUUUUUUUUUUUUUUUUUAAACGUUAGACUGUUGGUUCCUUUUUUUCUUCUUCUUUUUUUUUGGGGAUUUGCAUAUUAUGUGCCUCCACACAACUGUUUGGUGGGAGUUUAGUAUUUUUUGGACGGGUGCUGCUUGCUGCUUUCGGGUGUGCCUGUGCACUCGCUUAAGGGAGAACCAACAACUUGUAUGAGAAGACAAGUCUGUACAGUUAUUCUCCUUCUAUCCCACGCUCUUCCAUUCCCCUUUGCCAGGUGUCAGAGUUUAAGGUAGUAACACGUCUGUAUGCUGCAGAUCAUCACUAGUUCUGCUCAGAUUUCGGGAUCAGUGUUAUUAAAUUUAAGGUUCAGAUUUGGGUAAAAGAUCCAGAUGAGCAAAUUUUAAGCUUAGUUUCUGAAGUGAUCUUUUUUUUGUUGUUGUUGUUGGUUGACACCCCCCCCAAAAAAAAAAAAUCAAGAUGGUUGGAAUCGAGGCAGGGCCGCUUGGAAAAUGUUUUGGAGUAGGCAAAGGGAGCCAUCUACUGACCAGUUUCACUAAAAAGGGAUCACUCUUUCUUUAAACACUGAACUCCUUGACAUUUUGUGUGUUAUUGACUUUUUUUUUUGUUCCUUUUUACUGGACUCUUAGUUGACGCCGGCGUAAGAAACCACUAGUCGAUUUCAAAACAUCGUCUUUUUCAAGUUUGUAAAGCAGCCUGUUUUCAUAUUUAUCAUUCUCUCCAAGAUAAGGUGGUGAAUAAAAUUCAUUUCUCCUCAGAAUAGUCAAAUACCCCAUGCUCAACGGACGUCUUAAUAACCGUUCCGUUUUCAUCACUGUAGAGGAAACAUCUCUUAAAAGGUUCAAACGACAGAUUUUAAAGACGUAAAGUAGCAUCAUUAGGUAAAGGGUUUCUGCAGUUUAUACAACGCAUGGCUUACGAAUAAGACCGCAAUGGGAAAUACAUCAAGAUGGAACUUUAUUUGAUGUACAGUCUGGGCAUGAUCUUUCUACACUUUGUGUUCAGUCGCAAUCGUACAGCUUCUGUAAAUGCGGCUUUCAGUUUUUAACAUCUAAGCUCAGCAAGUAUUUUCUAGCUCGGCGUCCUUUUCUUUUCUAUUACCAUUGCUAUCAGUCAUCAUUGGUUUAAAUCAGUGUGAAAAUGUAAUGUGAACACAUUCAUCGAUCUGCUUGACUCAACGGCACAUCGUUUAACAAAGUUCAGAUUGAACAGCGCUACGAUAUUCCAGUUAUCGUCCAUAUUUUAUCACUACUUUUAUUAUAUUUUUUCCUCUCAGUGUUUCGUAAAAAAUUCUGUGCACCACGAUGAUUUUCUUUUUCUUUCCAAGUGAUGAAAAAUUGACUUGUACAGUACUGUAAUUCCCUUUCUGGUUCUGGUCAUAUUAAAAAAAACAAAACAAAACAAAAAAAACACACAAAAAAGAAUUCCUCUCAUGCAUUGACUCUGAAGUCAUAAGUCUGUGCUGAAAUCUGAAUGUUAAUGCAUUUGAAUGGUUUCGUUUAGUCAAGGGCUUUCGAUUGGAAGGGACCCAUCCUUGUUUUUCCAGUUGUGUGUUUCCUUUUCUUUUUUGCAGAAAGAUAAACGUCUUAAAGGCUUUUUUUUUUUUUCCUGAGGAGUCAUAUGAAGUACCACAUUUAACCUUUCAAAUACAAUUUUUAUUCCCUCCACUCUUAAAGGGAAACUCAAGUUUGCACCCUUUUUUAUGUAAAAUAAAGGAAAUUGUCUCAA